AUGUCUAUGCGCAGCAUACUUCGUGCCGAGCAUGUCGUCGAGUUUCUGCAUCCAACGUUUCAAGAAUACCUUCUCAGUCCACACAAUGUGGAUAUGCCAUUCGAAUCAACAGCAAUGCAUUCAGACGUGACCAUUUCUGUCCUCAAAGUGCUUCAGGAGGAUCUGAAGGAGGACAUUUGUGGCAUUUCCCUGCCAAACGAACCUUAUCCAAAGAAUGCAGACGUCAUGGAUCUGGAUAAACGUCUGGAACGAUUAUGGACAAGUUGUCCGGCACUACCUUAUGCGGCAAAGUACUGGGGCUAUCAUGUGUCUACCGCCGUAACAGAGAAACAGGUGGCCCAGAUGCUGCGGAGGUUUUUAGAAAGUCGAAUUUUCUACCUUGUAGAGCUGUUAAGCUUGAUGGGUCGCUUGCAUCUUAUUCGAAAUUUCGAGGAGAUUCGGCGAAGUUGUGAAUACCAAGGGUUGGGUGAUGAAGUCGAGGUAUGCCAUGAUACAGUUAGACUUGUCCAGAGGCAUCAAAAAAAACUAGAGAAGAGUGCGCUGGAUAUCUACUCUUCAGGGCUACUAUUCCUCCCUCAAAAGUCACAACUGUGGACAAUAUACAAGAGCAAGUUUUCAGAUCGACUACCAAGAAUCAUUGGAGGACCAUCAGUGCAUUGGCCCUCACACCAGACUUUGACUGGACAUAUCCAGGAGGUCCAAUGUCUGGCCUUCUCGCCAGAUGGGCGCCGUCUUGCAUCUGGAUCUAGGGAUGGCACUGUACGCCUGUGGGAUGGGACCACCGGUGCAAGCCUUGGGACGCUCAAGGGACAUACCCAUUCUGUCCAAUGUCUGGCCUUCUCAACAGACGGGUGCCGUCUUGCAUCUGGAUCUGGGGAUCGCACUGUACGCCUGUGGGAUGGGACCACUGGUGCAAGCCUUGGGACGCUCGAGGGACAUACCCAUUCUGUCCAAUGUCUGGCUUUCUCGCCAGACGGGCGCCAUCUCACGUCUGGAUCUGAGGAUCGCACUGUACACCUGUGGGAUGGGACCACCGGUGUAAGCCUUGGGACGCUCAAGGGACAUACCCAUUCUGUCCAAUGUCUGGCCUUCUUGCCAGAUGGGCGCCAUCUUGCAUCUGGAUCUUGGGAUGGCACUGUACGCCUGUGGGAUGGGACCACCGGUGCAAGCCUUGGGACGCUCAAGGGACAUACCCGGGGGGUCCAAUGUCUGGCCUUCUCGCCAGACGGGUGCCGUCUCGCAUCUGGAUCUUGGGAUGGCACUGUAUGCCUGUGGGAUGGGACCACCGGUGCAAGCCUUGGGACGCUCAAGGGACAUACCCAUUCUGUCCAAUGUCUGGCCUUCUCGCCAGAUGGGCACCAUCUUGCGUCUGGAUCUUGGGAUCGCACUGUAUGCCUGUGGGAUGGGACCACCGGUGCAAGCCUUGGGACGCUCAAGGGACAUACCGAGGGGGUCUUAUGUCUGGCCUUUUCACCAGAUGGGCGCCAUCUUGCAUCUGGAUCUGAGGAUCGCACUGUAUGCCUGUGGGAUGGGACCACCGGUGCGAGCCUUGGGACGCUCAAGGGACAUACCAAGGGGGUCUUAUGUCUAGCCUUCUCGCCAGAUGGGCGCUGUCUCGCAUCUGGAUCUGAGGAUUGCACUGUAUGCCUGUGGGAUGGGACCACUGGUACAAGGCUUGGGAUGCUCGAGGGACAUACCGAGGGGGUCUUAUGUCUGGCCUUCUCGCCAGAUGGGCGCCGUCUUGCAUCUGGAUCUUGGGAUCGCACUGUAUGCCUGUGGGAUGGGACCACCGGUGCAAGCCUUGGGACGCUCAAGGGACAUACAGAUUAUGUCUUGUGUCUGGCCUUCUCGCCAGGUGGGUGGCGUCUCGCAUCUGGAUCUGGGGAUGGCACUGUACACCUGUGGGAUGGGACCACUGGUGCAAGCCUUGGGACACUUGAGGGACAUACCAGGGAGGUCUCAUGUCUGGCCUUCUCGCCAGAUGGGCGCCAUCUUGCGUCUGGAUCUGGGGAUUGCACUGUACACCUGUGGGAUAUCACCACCUCACCCAGUUUGGAACCUCUUUAUGAGCUCAAUUAUGCUCCCAGGCUUUUAUAUUUCUCCCAAGGUGGACACUUCUUACAUGUGGACAAUGGAACAGUACUCAAUGUCUCCCACGAUUGCCUUCAGUCGCUCUCAUCUCCAUGUCCAAGUGUCAUGCCCAGCCAUGAGCAUUCCACAGUAGCUGUUGACUACGCCAGUCAGGAGCUGUGGUUGGGGUGCUCCACCAAAUCCCAAGAUAAAAUCGCCCUAGGUCUACAGAAUGGACAGGUCAUGGUCAUUGAUUUUGCAAAAUUUUCUGACCCACAUACCCAAUUGUAA